AUGUCAAAGCUACGAAUCUUCAGGGCGUUAGUGCCCUCGGCUCUUCUUUUUGACUCUUCCGCAGCAGCCUGGACAGCAGCAGGGGCUGCAGCGAUUUCUCAGGCCGGAGGUCUUAUCGCUCAGUCGUCGCAGCAUUGCGCCGAUCUUAGCCAUUGCUUCGCUACUGUCGCUUCGCCUCAUCGCAACCAGCAAGAUCCAUCAGCAGAAGCAGAAAUCGGUGGCUCGAACGAUCAAGAAGCCGAUUCGCUGGUGUUGUCUGGCGCAGGUGACGACGGAAGCCGAUCGGGCGCAGAACGAGCCGCAGGUUCAUUAGAUGGACGGUCAGACGGGGACGAUGGGUUUCGUGUUAGGUCGGAGCCGUGGAUCUUCAACCUGACCGAGAUUCCACCUGAUUCGACGGCUGCGCGCUUGUCAGAGGAGAGUAAGGAGAACAUGUGGCUGCUGCAUCAGAAGGAUCCGGGUCAUUGGAGCGUCGCACGGCUGGCUCGCGAGUAUCGCGUGCGACAGCAGCGAGUGCAUGCGAUCCUGUGGCUCAAGGAUCUGGAGAAGAAGAUGGAGGAGGAGCAAGGCAAGCCUCUUGAUGACUCCAUUGCAAAGGAGUUCGAGAAGCAGCAUGGCUCGUACGACAAGGCAGUGGGAGAGCGCCAUGUGAAGAUCUACCCGAGUGAAGCCGUGGACUCGCUUCCUGAGGGGCCGGAGAGAAUGAAGCUGCUUCUACAGGAGUCUGAGAAGGAGGAGAUAUGGAAACUGGACGAGUUUGUCAAGAGAAUGGAGUUUAACAAGAAACAGAUGGCUGAUGGGCCAGUAAAAGUCAAUGCCCUGGAGCGCCGUAGGCCUCCAAAUGGCUGGACUUACCUUGUGGAAGAGCUUGGGGAGGCUGGCCGACGCGGUCGUGGCGGAGGCUAUCGCUUUGUGGUUGAGCCAGAAUUUGACAUGAGGUCUCUCAAAGGAAAGCAUGUGGCCAUCACCGGAGGAUCAAGUGGAAUCGGUCUCGCGUGCGCUAAACGCUUCUUUCGCGAGGGUGCUAAUGUGACAUUGAUAGCUCGAAAUCACAAGAAGCUGGUUCAGGCAAAGAAUGAAGUGGAAGCUUGCCUUGACAACGCAACAACCCCUUCAAGCAGCACCAAGGCCACGCUCAUCUCCCCUAAUCCGUGGGUAUCGAUCAAGUCCGUGGAUGCGACUGACCAGGCGGCUAUCAAGGCAGCGAUCACAUCAAUAGAUGAGGAAUGCCCGAUUGACGUUCUGCAGUGCAACGCUGGGAUUGUGAGGACCGGAUUUGUGGAAGACAUAUCGGCUGAAGACGUUCAGUCUCAGGUUCACACCAACUUCUUGGGGAGUGUCUACCCAGUGCAGGCUGUACUCCCAAGCAUGAAGGCUCGGGCCGAGGCUGGGGAGGAGCCUGGUGCUAUUGUAUUCACGUGCUCUCUAGCAGCCCUGAGCUUCUGGUAUGGAGCUUCUAUAUAUACGGCCACUAAGUAUGCGGUCAGAGGAUUUGCUGAGGCUUUGCGGCUUGAGGUUCUCCCAUACAACAUUCAAGUGUCUCUGAUCUGUCCAAACUUCACAGACACUGCACUACUGGAUGAUGCCGAGUUCACUGGCAAGCAUUUAACCAGAUCCAUGAAAAUCGCAUGCUUCUAUGACCGCAACAAUGUCGAAACUCCAGACUCCAUAGCUCAAUGCACCGUAGCGACUGUUCGUUCUGGGGAGUUUUUAGUGGUCACGACACAUGGCAUUGUCCCACGGACACUGUGCUCCCUGUCUAGAGGGAUUUUCCCAUCUAACAACAUCUUCAUGUGGCUGUUCGAGAUCUUCUGGGCAUUCGGCUCCAGGAUUGUAUCACUGCUGGUCCGUGUGCUCAUCUUCUCUGGGUUGCGGGCCAUCCACAGGCAGCAGCAGCAGGAGCAACGGCAGCUUGAGAAGGGGUCGCAGCAGCAAGCAGGGAAAAAGAGGAGUGGAGCCGUGUCAUAG